AUGGAAUUGCGAACUUCUAUUAUCAAUCAUGAAAACUUGGAUAAAGAGAAAACUCUUCUCCACCCCGUCGCCACGACGUCGCAGAAGCACAAGAACUUUGUGCUGGAACCGAUGAAGGAGAAGUCCGUCAGGGAGCUGGCUGGAAUCGGACUGGUCCUCGGGGGCCGCCUGGAGGAGAAGGGCUUCUGCAAGGCCAAGGACGUGCUGGGCCAAUUCUUGCUGCUGAAGCAGGACAAGGCCGUCUUCAAGACCUGGAUGAGACAGGUAUGCUACGCGGGCAACAGACAGUCGGAGGACUGCUACCGUUGCCUGAAGGAGUGGUGCGACGCGUUCCUCUGAAGGCAGCGGCCCGGAGACAAAACCUUCCCGAAAACCCUCCCACUAAUCCUUAAUCGCUCUUUAUGGAUCAUAGUGACCCGAAAUCACCGGGGUCUUUCAGAUUUUACGCUGUAAAAAGCUGAUUUAUUAAUAAAUGCAUGAAUGAAUGAGAGGCCAUUUGUGUCAGUAGCUCAGAAUGGCCCUAAUAUGGACAUUUUGGUGUAAAAAUUGUGUGUUUUGAUUUGGUGAAUGUGGCACAUCUAACCCUUUAUACAUUCAGUGUCCGAUUUAUCAGAUACACCAGUACAUCUGCUCGCUAACUCACCCGGCGCCAACUCAAUGCCCAAAAGCACGCAGGCACGGUCCAGAGGUUCUGUCAUCGCUCAGGCUGCACACUAGAGUCGGGGAGAAAGAUGAUCUAAGAGACUUUAAAAAAAAUUUUAUUUAUUGAGAUACAGGAACGAGUCGGCCCUUUGAGCCAAGUCACAGACUGGGUGGUUUGAGGAUCUCAGAAACGGCUGAUCUCCUGGGAUUUUCACAGAGUUUGGACAAUGGUGUGAUAAUUUAAAAAAAAAAUCCAGCGAGUGGCAGUUCAGUGGGCAAAAUCGCCUUGUUUAAUGGGAGAGGAGAACGGCCAGCCUGGUUCAAGCUGACGGGAAGGCGGCAGUAACUCAAAUAACCACCCGUUACACCGGUGGUGUGCGGAACAACAUCUCUGAGCGCACAGCACCUUCGAAGAUUGAAGUGAAUGUUUUCAAUUCGAACAGUGGCUACAGCGACAGAAGACCACAAACGUACACCCAGUGGCUAUAUUAGGAGCAGGAGGUAUCGAUAAAAGUGC